CUCAAGCACUCAAGCUGAGGUUUUAGUGGAAAAAUCAUCAGCAUCUUUCAGCAGAUGUGUUACUCUUGUGUUUACACUUAUGUUUUUAUUAGGGGCCACUCCCUAUUGUUUUGAAAAUGUUGUAUCUUGUUUUUUUUUUGCCAUAUUGCAACAAGGACUUCUGAGGGAUGAUGGGUUAAAUUUGGGCUGAUGAUUGGUAAAACGUUGUGGUAAUUGUUAAAUAUGUCUUCCUAAAAAAAACUCAAGCUGAGCUUUUAGUGGAAAAAUCAUCAGCAUCUUUCAGCAGAUGUGUUACUCUUGUGUUUACACUUAUGUUUUUAUUAGGGGCCACUCCCUAUUGUUUUGAAAAUGUUGUAUCUUGUUUUUUUUUUUGCCAUAUUGCAACAAGGACUUCUGAGGGAUGAUGGGUUGAAUUUGGGCUGAUGAGAGGUAAAACGUUGUGGUAAUUGUUAAAUAUGUCUUCCUAAAAAAAACUCAAGCUGAGCUUUUAGUGGAGAAAUCAUCAGCAUCUUUCAGCAGAUGUGUUACUCUUGUGUUUACAAUUAUGUUUUUAUUAGGGGCCACACCCUAUUGUAUUGAAAAUGUUGUAUCUUUUUUUUUUGCCAUAUUGAAACAAAAAAUGUCUCAUUGCUUUAGGCUGUGCAGACUCACUUAAUGAAAUGUCUGAGUUCAUACUGUACUCAUAUUUAGUAUUGUAUAUAUUUUUGUAUAUCAGCAUUCAUUCAGAAAUCUUGCUCGUAUUUCCUCAAUGUUGUCUCUCAAUGCUUUUAUUCUGAAAACCCACACCAAGAAACGUUGACAUCUUGUAGUUUUUGAGCUUGACAGGUGGAUCUCCAUUAUUAACAUGGAGAGUUAAGAGAGAGAGAGAGAAAGAGGCUCAGCAUCCACAGCCGCUUCCAGCGUGGUUUCCACUUUUCACAAGCAUGCUGCACGCCAACAUGUUGCGGAUGCAAACCAAAGGGACUUUCCUCACGCUCUGCUUGGCUCCUGCUGCGCUAACGAGCCUGCUGCACCCUGAAUGCGAGUUCAUAUUCCAGCUGGAGAAGGACGAGCGCCGCUGCCUGCGCUCCAUCGCCGAGGAAGGAAACACCAGUGCACCAGGUUGUGGACCAUUCUGGGAUGCUGUGGUCUGCUGGCCUCCCGCUGCAGUCGGGGAAAGCGUUUACAGAGCUUGUCCGGCCGUUUUUUCCCUCUUCAGAAACAGCACAGGUUUAGUGAGCCGUAACUGCACCGAUGGCGGUUGGUCCGGACCCUUCCCGCCGUACCAUGUCGCCUGCAGCGUGGAUGACGACAUACCGGAGAGGGAGCAGAGCUACUUUGCCACUGUAAAGCUGAUCUACACCGUCGGCUACAGCGUCUCUCUGCUGGUGCUGACCGCCGCUGUGCUCAUCCUGCUGCUCUUCAGGAGGCUACGCUGCGCCAGGAACUUCAUCCACAUUCAACUCUUCCUCACAUUCAUCCUGAAAGCCGUGGCGGUGUUCAUCAAAGACGCCACUCUCUUCUCUAAUGAGGAGACCAACCACUGCACCCUCUCCAACUUCGCCUGUAAGGCCGCCGUGGUCUUCUGUCACUAUUGCGUCAUGGCUAAUUUCUUCUGGCUCCUGGUGGAGGCGCUCUACCUCAACUCCCUGCUGCUCUCCUCGUUUUACCGCAGCCGCCGGUGUCUGUGGGGCUUCAGCUUGCUGGGAUGGGGGGUUCCUGUGCUCUUCAUCGUGCUUUGGAUUGGCUCCAGAGUGUAUUUUGAAGACACAGAAUGCUGGGACAUCAAUGAGGACUCGCUCUAUUGGUGGAUCAUCAAGGGCCCGAUCAUUGUUUCCAUUGUGGUCAAUUUCAUGCUGUUUGUCAACAUCGUCAGGAUUCUGAUACAGAAGCUCAGCCCUCGUCUGAUCCAGUUCAACAACUCCUCACAAUACAGACGCCUGACCAAGUCCACCCUGCUGCUCAUUCCUUUGUUUGGCACUCACUACAUGUUCUUCAAUUUCCUGCCCGACUACUUCAACGUGAACCUGCGCCUCUGCAUUGAGCUCUGCAUAGGAUCCUUCCAGGGUCUGCUUGUGGCAAUCCUCUACUGCUUUCUUAACCAAGAGGUGCAGAAAGAGGUGCACAUGCAGUGGCUGAGGUGGCAGGAGAGGAGCUAUGGCGUGGUGUCCCCCGCAGCCAAGUGCAGCAUGAUGGACACGCCCUUCUAGACGCCGCAUGUGACAUAACACACACACACUCGCACACACACACUCGCACUGACAGGUCAGCUUCUAGACUUUUCUGAUGGCUUCUUUGGUCAAACUAACAAAAAAAAGAGAAUGAUGCCAUCAAUUAGUCAAUAAAAUGUUUCCGUUUUUACUGCUUUGUAUUUUCGGUGAGGUGGUUUUUAAUGUAAGUAUGAAUUUAUUUGCAAUAAGCCAGAAGGCCAACAUAUUGUUGAUGAGUUUUAGAUAAUUUGCGGAUAUUGUAUAACAAUAUUUACUGUUAUUCCGUCAUUGUCAAAACAUGAAUGGCAAUUGAAUAAAAAAAAGCUGUUUUAAAAAGAA